GGUAUAUUCUGCGCGAUGAACGCUAGAACGCAAUGGACAAAGCCGACUCGAUGAUACACCGAUCGAUAUUUUAACGAAACAUACCGAGAAAUGAACAUUUUAAAAUUAAACGAAUUAAUUUCAUUUUCUAGAAAUUACUCGAUUUUAAUUCGUAGCAUGCGAUGAGCGCUAGACUUUUCAAAAACCACACUUCGAUCAAUAUCGCGACGAUAUAUACCGUGAUACGAAUCAGGUGGAAGUUAAACAGACGAAUUCGAUUUUUUGUAAAUUUCCAUUUUGAAUAAUAGUAAAACACGUAGCGUUUUAUUAAGAUCCUGUUACACGAGCACUAUACGCUAGCAACUUAAUGGCUUUUAAAAGAGCAUAAAAUUCUAGCUCUCAGAUUGUAUACCAUUCAGCACGCAAGUCAACAGCAAAGGAAUAAUACCUACUCUUAUGUAUUGAAAGUGAAGCUGAAAAAUAAGAAGAAGAAGGAGCUUUCUAAAAACCAUGCAACUGAAGAACUGUGUUAUACGAGGAUCAUCGCUGACUCUAAUUUUCGACCACGUUAUACGAAUCUUCAUGUAAUACGAGUAAUUCGAAGAAUAUUCAAGAAAUAUAUAUAAUGUUACCAGGAUAACUGAAUAAAUUGCGACUAUAUGGCAAUUUCUGGCCACGAAUCUUCGCGUGAUACAAGUCGAUAUAAGAAAACUGAAUAUAUCAGAUUUCUGGAAGUCAGUGUGAAAAUUUAAAUAUAUCAAAAGCUAUAGAAUAAACUAUAUCACAAUUCACAGUGGACACUAAACGGUAAUAAUACCACAUUUAAUUUCACCUCAGAAACAAGGAGCACUUAAUAAAAUGAGAAUAUCGCGUGUCAACCAACCUCAUGGUCAAUCCACAGCAGCUCUCCCAUGUUGUCUCUGAAUAGUAAAUUCCCAAGUGGGAGUGGACGUGAAAAAUAUUAAAAACGAGACCUCUAUCUACUGUUCUUCCUGUUCUUCAGUGUUAACUCGACUCGUGAAUAGACGCAUAUCCGUUGAUUUCAUCCUCCAAACAUCGUGUUCGAACAACUCGCGAGUGAUGAAACUCGAAAAAUCCCGCCAUUUCUUAACAGGCACGUAAUGACGUUGAUCAAAUUUUAACAAAGUCAAGUUAAGCCUUCAGUUUCAAGCAAGUUUCACGUACAAACGUCGAAUGACAGAAUAAAUGGAAACACCAAAUUUGUCGCAUUUUCUAAACGUGGAAGUAAUUCCUGUUAUGACCACGAAGUCACCAAGGGGAAGCCCCACGAAAAUCAAUGUCAUCACUCUAAGUAUCCCGCUAUCUGACGCACGACUGAUAAAUCUGAUAUUAUUAAUUCUGGGAACCAGUCUGAAUGUUUUAAUUAUACUAGUGAUCGUUUCUAAAUCGUCCACGAGAACGUCUCCGAAUUUUUACAUCAUAAGCUUUGCAUGUUCAAACAUGGUGAUAUUAAUCGAACCACUGGAAGAGGUACUUAAAUGGUUCUUCGACAUAAACAUGAAAUUAAACAUGGAUUACGUGCUAAUGAUCAGCUUUGAUGUUUCUAUUAUCACAUUUUCGGUUUUGGUAUUCAUGUUGUAUAUUAGUAUCUUUCAAGAUCACGUCUAUUUUGGACACGUGGUAUUAAAGAAAAAAAAUGCUAUUAAAGGUAUUGUGUUGAUUUGGUGUUCGUGCAUUAUUUCACUUGCUAUUGGGCUCCAUAUAUAUGACUUUUUUGAAGAGGAUAUGGCGGAUAUUUACGUGUGUUUCACGUUCAUGUUUAUCACUAUGCCGUUGAUCGUAUCAAUUGCUUUAGGCUCUCUAAUUAUUUACGAAUUGUAUAUAUUGAGAAAAAUCGAGGGAUGGUGGAGAAUGAAGAAGCUAAAGCAUUAUAUUAUGUUAGUGGUUAUCGGAGUCGCUUUCCUGUUGAUACGAACGCCAUAUCGACUGGCUAGAGCGAUCAAUUUCUUACUGCCUAAGGCAUCAUGCUGCACAGACGACAAGAGAGAGGGACUCUAUUUCAUGGCCAAGACGUACCCCACUAUUUUCUCACUAAUCUACAUUGUAUUAUCGAAUGAAUUUCACGAAAUCUUUGAGCAGGCGAUCCGAAAAAGUCGAUGGCACAAAUCGUCCAGAGAAACUAUUCAUGAAGUUGUUGCUUAA